CCAGUACAGGUGCCGUACAAACGUACCUUUAGAUGCCGCUUACAUAAGGACCCAGCACAGACCUCAUACACCUGUCUAGUCUAGUCAAAGCCGUCAUCUCUCACACUACAUACGGUUCAACCUACCAGACGCCAUGAUGCUUACAACAGUUUGUGGGUUUCUCUUGACAUUUAUGACACUGCAAUGUCAUGCCUGGAUGACAGAAUACGACCAGCACUUUAAGAUCGAAUGUCCGGCUGGUCAAACUAUCAAAACUCUAGAAAGUGUCCAUGACAACCACAGGGAGGACAGAGUCUGGAACUUUGGGUGUGCCACCCCACCCCACGGGGCUCUGCUAAGUGCUUGUGAAUGGAGCGGCUACAAGAACAGCUACGACCAACUACUGGAGUUUCAAUGUCCUAAUGAUGGCAUCAUCACCGGUGUAGAGAGUAUCCAUGACAACGGCCAUGAAGACAGGAUGUGGGCGUUUCAGUGUUGUAACCCGGAUGGUCAUGUCUCCCAUGCGUGUGAGUACACGCCGUACGUCAACUCCUACGACCAGAUGUUGACCUACAGGGUACCUGACGGCAUGGUCCUCAGGGGAGUCACCAGUAUCCAUGACAACGGCCACGAAGAUCGCAUCUUUAAGUUUGACAUCUGUAAACUGGAUCCAUUGAAUAUACCCGUUGGUUAGAUAACAGAGUCAUAGGACUUGGUUUUAACCACACACAAAAGGAGUUGUGUUGCUUCUCUCAAAUUUUACAAUUUAGUUCUACAAUUACAGCUUGUACAGAUAAUAAAUAUAAAUGCAGAUUU